AUGGCAUCGCUCUCCUGCGCUGCCGGGGGUGUUUCGGGUGGCCGGGCCUGGGGAGCCAAGGCGUGCCGUGCCGUGCUGUGCCGGGAGGGAGCACUGCGUUGCUCCCCGGCCUUUCUAACGCAAUCACUGUCUGUUCACAGGUCAAGUUGCCCGCUUGGAAGCCAUGCUUGGAUUUUAAUAGCCAUGUUCCACCUAGCCAUGGACCUCGCUAGCUGCCAGCCCCCAGCCAGCGGCGCCGGGGGGAGGCUCUCGCCGCGGCCGGCGCUCCGGCACAGACUGUCCCGCAGUUUGCCGUGGGGCACGGGGACUGCGUUCUGCGUGCUGGGGCGCGGGCAGGGAGCCAGGCCCAGCGCCACGGACGGUGGCUACGCCACCCGAGAGGGACCCUUCACUGUCCGGCCCUUGCGGGCAGCAGGUGCUGGCGUGCCCGUCAGCCCUGCGCCGGGGAGGGCUCGGGAGGAGGCGGCGGGGGGGUCUAUGCGUGGCGGGGGGCUUCGCUCGCUGCUGCCUGGGAUCCCUCUUGGCUCCCGUCCCCACUCUCUCUCGUUUCUUUUCUCCGCAGGUCUGGCGGUUCAUCAGAUAAUCACUAUUACCGUGUCCCUCAUCAUGGUCAUAGCCGCUCUGAUAACAACUCUUGUCUUAAAAAAUUGCUGCGCGCAGAGCGGGCGUCCGCGGCGCAACAGCCACCAGCGCAAGCUGGACCAGCAGGAGGAGAGCUGCCAGAACCUGACCGACUUCGCCCCCGCCCGCGUGCCCAGCACCCUCGACAUCUUCACCGCCUACAACGAGACGCUGCAGUGCUCCCAUGAGUGUGUCCGGACCCCCGUGCCCGUCUACGCGGAGGAGGCGUUGCGCUCGCCCGGGGAUUAUAAAACAACCUUCAAUGGAAACAGACCCUCUUCUUCUGACCGGCAUCUUAUUCCCGUGGCCUUUGUGUCUGAGAAAUGGUUUGAAAUCUCCUGCUGACUGGCCGAAGCCUGUUUGACUUCUGGGGGCAGGGCAGACGCCAUCGGGCUGUUUCCUGGAUUCCAUUGGUGAACCUGUAAAAAAUAUAAAAAAAUAAUGGGUUACCUGUACCUACCAUUUCUGUUUACCAGUAGGAGACUCAAAGAGCAGCGUUCUAUGGGCCAAAUAUAUUUUUAUAAAAAUGAACACGCCUAUAGGGAACUGCAUUUUUCAAAGAGUGUGUUUUUGGAGAAGAGAAAGAAAAAUGGGUGAGCAAAGAAUCCUGUGGAGGAAGAGGAACUGGCGAGGGACCGAGAGGGAAGGACUGAGCGCCUGGAGCCCGGACGCGGACUGUGACUCUGAACCUGUGCCAAUAAUACCAUUAUGUGCCAUGUACCGAUGCAAAGACUUCGCGAGAAGCCGAAGCCAAGUCGAUAACGCCUAGAAACGUCGUGGAAGACAAGUGGGGUGUCUCUUCUGGUGGGGUCAUUCAUUCCGGUCCAUACGCAUACAUACGUACGAUAUAUGUAGAGAGAAAAUAUAUAUAUACACACACAAACACUUUUUGUACUGUAGCAAUUUUUGAAGAUCUUAAAUACUCAUUUUUAAAGAAGA